GCUAUUACGCGGCGCUGGACACCUGCACCCGACCUGGCCGAGACGGACGGCGUCUACGCCGCUGCCCUGAGAAUAAUAAAGCGCUCAGAAGCGCUUCUUGAACUGAAUCAAUCAUUUCGGCACUCAUGUGAACAGUUGUCAAUGUUACCUCCCCACAGGCUGUCCAUUUAUUGCGCUUUGUUGUGCAGUUCUGUAAAUCGCGGACUGCAGAUAGGCGAUAAUGGACAACGGGUUGAUACUGCCAUCGGACAUCCGAUGAUAUAGCCAUACAUAGGCUAGAUAAUGGCAAUGCCAUCAUGGGCAUUUGAAUAGUGUCAGCAUCAACUGGAAAAAGUUUGUCUCUAAAUUCAACUAAACUUGAAGAGUUAAACAGGAGAGAACUGUGCCUCCAUCUCACCCCUGUCCAAAUCUGACCUCACAAAGCCAGUAUAAUAGAUCACGGAAUCACCAUGGGUGCAGUACUGUCACUGUCCCCUGCAUCCAGGAAGAAUAGCUACUGCGACACGCGCCCCGAUUCGCUCAACCACUACCCGAGCCUGAGCAGCCGAUCGCUCAACACUCAGAAAGACCACACCGGCGGCCUGAAACGGGGCCAGUCAAUCUUCCUCCCGGCGCUCACCUGGAAACGCCUGGUUGCCACCACCAAGAAACGAGGGGGUUCUAAGAAAUGUUCUGGGGGUUCUGGGUUGCUCGGAGACCCCCUCAACAACAACAACAUUUACCAGAAGGACCCGGUGUUGCAUCUCAACCAGGAGAAUGUCAAGAAGUCUCUAUCCUGUGCCAACCUCUCCAGCUACAACAGGCCAGCGGGACUAGGCCUGGGGAUAGGCUUUGGCCAGGGGCACUGUGGCUAUGAGAUGGGCAUUAAGCCCCAGCAGCUACCCUCCGUCAUAAGAGUGCCCCAUAAAGGAACAGGCGCUUCGUCCCCCAAGCGCGUCAUCAUCCAGGCGUCCACUAGUGAACUCCUCCGCUGCCUGGGUGAGUUCCUGUGUGGCCGCUGCUACCGGCUGAAACACCUCUCCCCUGCGGACCCAGUGCUGUGGGUGCGGUCGGUGGACCGGUCUCUACUCCUCCAGGGUUGGCAGGAUCAGGCCUUCGUGACGCCAGCCAACGUCGUGUUUGUCUACAUGCUGUGUCGAAAUGUGGUGGAUGGGGACCUGGUGUCGUCGGAGCACGAGCUUCAGGCCACGCUGCUCACCUGCCUCUACCUGUCCUACUCCUACAUGGGCAAUGAGAUCUCCUAUCCCCUGAAGCCUUUCUUGGUGGAGGCUGGCAAAGAGGCGUUUUGGGACCGAUGCCUUGCCAUCAUCGACGCCACUAGCACCAAGAUGCUACGCAUCAACGCCGAUCCCCACUUCUUCACCCACGUGUUUGCCGAGCUUAAGAGUGAGGGGGGCUGCGGCCCACAGGACUACAGCAGAGUGCUGGACCGGUGAGAGGAGGGGUAGAGGGGUACAACCCCCCCAAUCCCCAUCCCCCCUUCCAAUAUCUGCCAAACAUUUCCCCCUCCUGUCCCCUACAUCCAAGCAGGUAACACAGGGGGGAAGAGACCUACUGGCCUAUCAUGACUGCGGUCUGUAUGGUCACUGACACGGUUGGAUAUUCCAUCAGCUGCUUGUCAUGAAACCCCCCCCACCUGGUAUUCAAAUCUUACCUUAUGAGGUCCGGAGCCUGCUGGUUUUCUGUUCUACCUGAUAAUUAAUUGUACCCACCUGGUGUCCCGGUUGUAAACCAGUCCCUAAUUCGAGGGGGCUUCGAGGUCCAGAGUUGAGUUGCAAGGUGUUAUUGUAUAUCACAAGUAGAGGUCGACCGAUUAUGAUUUUUCAACGCCGAUACCGAUAAUUGGAGGACCAAAAAAAGCCAA